GCAUGCUUCUCCGGGAACCGCAAGGCUCCUCGCAGGAAAUCGGCGGCUCACCCUGCCACCUCUGCGCACACGUUUCUUUAAAGUAUAGUUCCUCCGCGGGCCUCUGGCCUUUUCCCGGAGCUCUUCAUUCCCAGAAGCGACAGCACUACGGCUGACUCGCCAAGACCCCGGAGAGGCGUGGCUUCAGUACCGGAAGAAGCUCCUGUUGCCAAGGGAACGGUGCAUGCCAAGGCGCCUGCUCAGCCACUGAUGCACAGGCUGCUGCAGCGGCUGCGGGUUUUCCCAACUUGUGGAGGAGGCUUUGCUCAUUACCAGACGUCCUUCCUAUGUAGGCAUAGAGAAGAAGGCUGAGGGACCCUCUCACCAAAUUUCCAUCCCAGAGACCGUUACGAGUGCUUCCGUUCCUGUUACCAGCUCCUGCGCCCGCCGGUCUCACCUCAAAAACCAGCUGGUUUCUAAAUAUUGAAUCGCAUUAUGGGAUUGCUAGACAGACUUUCAGUCUUGCUCGGCCUGAAGAAGAAGGAGGUUCACGUUUUGUGCCUUGGGCUAGAUAAUAGUGGCAAAACAACGAUCAUUAACAAACUUAAACCUUCAAAUGCUCAAUCUCAAGAUAUCAUUCCAACAACAGGAUUCAGCAUCGAGAAAUUCAAGUCAUCCAGUUUAUCAUUUACGGUGUUUGACAUGUCAGGUCAAGGAAGGUACAGAAAUCUCUGGGAACACUAUUAUAAAGAAGGCCAAGCUAUUAUUUUUGUCAUUGAUAGUAGUGAUAGAUUAAGAAUGGUUGUGGCCAAAGAAGAACUCGAUACUCUUCUGAAUCAUCCAGAUAUUAAACACCGUCGAAUUCCAAUCUUAUUCUUUGCAAAUAAAAUGGAUCUUAGAGAUGCACUGACAUCUGUAAAAGUGUCUCAAUUGCUGUGUUUAGAGAACAUCAAGGAUAAACCCUGGCAUAUUUGCGCUAGUGAUGCCAUAAAGGGAGAAGGACUGCAGGAAGGUGUAUACUGGCUUCAAGAAAAAACAAUACAAUCAGAUCCAGGCUGUGAAGACAUGAAAAGAUAGUAGUUGGAAACCUCAGCAAUGUUCAAUUCAAGGAAUCUAUCUAAGGCAAACAGAAUACUUUACAUUUUGUAAGAGAUGUUUAUGCAUCUAAGAAUAUAAUUUUCUGCUUGCAUGUAUGGACUCUGAUUGAGUUUUUUACGAACAUAGUAUGCUAAUCUGGCCAUUAAUUAUUUAAAAACUAAAUCUUCCUUCAAAAGGGCUCCCUAGAAUUAUCCACUUCUUAGUGAAGAUCUACAGUUGAUUGUAUGUAGAAUGUUUAAGUCAGAGUUACAAGCCAUCUCAUCCCUUCAUGAUUUAUGAUAUGUUUAAAGUAUUUUAUUUUUUAAUUGUCUUUUUUAAAAAUUUAGUUUAUGACUUUGCAGUAUGAAUUGUGCUUGUGAAAAAUAACCUUAAACAUUUAUAAGGGACCAUGGGUAAUUAAUAUACAUUCAAUUUUUACUAUGUGUCACCAUCAAUAAAAUGUAAAAUGUACCAACUAGUGUGCUUUGUUUAUGCUGCAAAGAAAAAAGCUGCGUUAGUAUGGGACUGGGUGUCUUACUGUCAAGCAUUUGCAAAUGAUCUGAGACUAAGUUAAGCUGAAUUUAUUUAUUCAGUGUAUGUUGAACAUCUCUAUACCAACUAGUCAGGCAUAAUCCUAGGCAGUGAUGAUAUAAGGUAAAUAAGACAUAUCGUUAUCUUCAGAGAACUUAAAAUUUAAUGAGGGAUAAUUUGAGAACCUUUUCAUGGAUAGUAUCUACUUUUAUUUCGUUGGCUGGAUGAAAAUGUUGCAUCUUCAGAUUAAGAGAUAUAAAGUAAAUUAAUGUUUGACUGUUCAGUAAUUAUUACUGACUUGUUUUUUCCUUUUAAAUGCCUCCAAUUUACCAUAGCACUUUGUUAAAAUAAAUUGUGACUUACCAAACUUUUUCAUGAACUUAAACUGUUACAUAAAUGUUCUUUAGAAUUUUAGAUACAUCUCAGGCACACAAAUUAUUAUUUCUCACAAAUCAGAGAUCACUUCUAAUUGUGAACUAUAAAUAGAAGCCUUCAUUUUAAUCAUGGAGAAACAGCUUAUAGAGCAAUGAUGUUGAUCCCGAUAAACAUUGCAUGUAAAGAAAAACUGUAAUACACAAUGUAUACCAUCUCUAAUGUCCGUAGCUGUGAAAACAGAAGGCAAAAAUAAGAUAAGUGAGUAAUAAAGAUGUUAUGGUAAAUGCGGUAAUGGUACAUGUUUCACAGAGACUUUAAUAAACGCACAUAAAGCUACAACAACAGUUUUAUAUUCCAGUUUCUCAUAGUCCAGAAAUACCAGUGAUUUGGCAUUUGGCAAAUUGAAAGUUAUCCAGAAAAUUCCAGUGGCUCAGCAUCUUAGCUAGCUUACCAUCUCUCUUGUAAAUUGUUUUAGAGGAUGCACAAUGAAAAUCUCAUUAAUCUACAGUUGCAGAUAUAGAAAGGACAUGAUGGAAACAAUGAAUGUAAUUUUUUUAAAAACUUAUAUGCUACAACUAUUUUAGGAGGAUGGAGAAAGAAUGGAUUGAGAAUUCAAAUCCUCACUCACGAUUAGGUAGUAAUAAAAGUAAUCAUAGUUACUACUAUAUGAUUAUUAUAAGCAGGUUUUACACAUACAGAAUUUUACAUCAUUUAAUCCUCACAAUAAGCCUAUGUGGUAGGUUUUAGUAUUUCCAUUUUAUAGAUAAGUAAACUGAGGCCUUAAAAUGUUAUGUAGUUUGCCAAAGUUCACAAAGCUAGUAAGUCUGGUACUAGGAUUCAGUACCAAGCAGCCUGUUUUAAGAUAGAUGAUUCAAGAGUAUGAUAGAUAUUAGAAAUACAGAUGUGUCUACCAGAAUGACAACUAAAUGAUGAAGAGGCUCUUACUUGGGAGAGCAACCAGGACAGGUAUGGUAGAGGGAAGGUCAGAGACUACUCUGCUUUUUCUGCUUUGUUUUGUUGUUGAUGUUGUUUUGUUGUUUUUGUUUUGUUUUGUUUUAAAGCUAUUAUCACUACUACUCAAAUUUUAAACUUUGGACAUAAAUGACUUUGAUAAAAAUCCUUAAAACUAUUUUGACACUAAGUUAAUUGGUAUUCCACAAAAUACAGUAGCUCAUACCUAUGCAAAUAUUUUCAAGAAAGAGAAGUACCCUUUUUCUUUGUUUUCAUGAUCUCCAAAAUCUAGUUUUUAGCCUAUAGACAUUCAUCCCUACUCCACAUUUUCAUGUAAAGAUUACGUAGAAGUAAGUUGGGCAACGUGUAGUCACAGGAUGCCAUAUAAGUGUGAAUAAGCUGAGCUACUGCAUUUGUACUUAGCAUAUUGUACAAUUAAAAUGUAUUUUAUUAAAGUUGAAGCAAGUUUUCUUUCCUAUCUAGACAUCACUGUGUUACAGAGUUUAAUUCAUUAAGCUCUGUAUUUGAAUAUAAAACUUUGUAGAAUGUUUGAAACUUACCCUCUUGUGUGUUUUGCAUUUAAAUAUUUGUAUAUGGCCCUAUUCACCCUGUGCUUUAUAAAUCACAAAAGGGCUGGGCUU